AUGUCACCCAUUGUUCGCCACAUCCGCCUUUCGCUUUUGAAUAUAGUUGAGGCUCUGCGAUCAGGCGCGGGUCAACAGAACUAUCGGCUUCUGAAAGGCGUCCCAGAGGGCUCAAGGAGGCAAUGGACCACCCUUGGCAUAGCCACGGCGGCUCUUCUAUUCAUCUGGUAUGUGAUGUCAGGCUCACCUCUCCCCGCAACCUUCAAUCGAACCUUUGUCGCAUACCACGAUGAACUGUGUGAGCACCCCGUCGUGCGGCUCCACAAAGAUGCCUUGCUAGCAUUUAACGAAACCCUCAAGCGCCAGUCGACUUCUUUGCCGGAAGCUGAGGCGGAAUACCGACGACGAUACAACAUGCCCCCACCUCCGCAUUUUGACAAGUGGUACGACUUCGCGAAGGAGCGCAACACCGUCUUGAUUGAUGAGUUCGACACGAUAUACCAUACCUUGCUGCCCUUCUGGGGCCUGUCGCCUGCGAUAAUUCGGUCGCGCAUUCGGGAGGACUUGGGGGCCAAUAACUUUGCUAUGGGCAUCACCAUUCGCGAUGGGAGGCCGACGGACUUUGGUGAACAGCAAGGCGGCUUCCAGCGAAAUGCCACGAUAAAGCAGCUUGGGAUGAUCGCGCAGUGGCUACCGGAUCUGGAUCUGCAAUUCAAUGCCCAUGAUGAGCCGCGGGUGGUUGUUUCGCACGAGGAUUUACACCGGCUCAUCACUGCGGGCCGCGCAUCGCAGACCCGGUUGAACGAAAACUCGUCGCUUUCGAAUGCGUUCUCCGGAAAUCGCCUGGAGCCUAUUGCAGAGGUUUUCAAGAGCAGAUUUAAUAAUAUCGAGCGCCAAGAAACUUGGCUGGUGGCCAAGCAAUCAUGCCCGCCCGACAGCCCAGUAAGAAGCCUCGAGGGGAAUGCCCCCGAUAACAGCAGCGCCUUCGCCAUCGAGCCCUUAGGGUUCAUCUCCAACCAAACCGCUGCCAGUGACCUUUGUAAUAACCCAUCGUUGCGCCACCGACUCGGUGUCUUCAAGAAACCCAAUUCCUUCAAGGUGACGAACGAGCUCACGCCAAUGUUCUCCAUGUCCCAUCCGUCUUCGUUUCAGGAUGUUGCCGUCCCCUCGCCAUUCUACUAUGAAGGGAUCUCGGCUUUUGAUGAGACGGCCUCGGUUCCAUGGGAUUCAAAGAAAGGACAAGUGUAUUGGCGAGGAGCGACCACCGGAGGCCACAGCUUCCACGACAGCUGGCGGGGGCUGCUCCGACAGCAAAUUGUCGGGAACCUAACCCAGCCCGAAUCACCACGAUACACCCUGGAGAAGAAAGAAAACUCGGCUUGCAAGAUUGGAACGGAAGAAGGGUGGGAAGUUCGCGAAGCCAACGAGGCCGAGAUUCGAGAGUAUUUCAACACCUAUUUCGUGGACAUUCAAGACUGCGACGAUGAUUGCCCCGCGGAGGAAGCCUACUUCCAGGUUGUGGACCAUGACGACCAGAACGAGGCUUGGAAAUACAAGUACCUCUUGGAUAUGGACGGCCAUGCGUAUAGCGGCCGCUUUUAUGCCCUUCUGCGCAGCAAGAGUGUUCCGCUGAAGGUCACUUUCUUCCGCGAAUGGCAUGAGAAUGUGCUGUUCCCGUGGGUGCACUACGUCCCACUGAACAAGGAUGCUCAGGAGAUCCCUGAGAUCAUCCGAUUCUUCGAGAACGAUCCUGCUGGCCAGGAAAUUGCGAAAAGGAUUGGUGCGGAGGGCCAGUCAUGGGCUGCGAAGGCAAUCAGGAACGAUGAUAUGGAUGUCUAUAUGUUUCGACUCAUGUUAGAGUAUGUUCUCUCCGUGACGAAGCUCCAGACACACUAG